GGACCCUCAGUCCGAGCGGAGGGGAACCCGGACAGACCCGGGUCUGGGUGAGGGGUUCCGGGAGUGAGGGCGUGACAAGAACCGGACUGAGUGGUCGAGAACCGUCAAAUCGAGUCAGCUCUCCGCGGCUAGCUGCUCUCUCAUCGGGGCUUAAGAGUACAGCUGCGCAUACUUUCAAGUGUAGCCAGUCAACGGAUCCUGUUUAACUGCCAUAAGAGUUUCUCAUCUUUUAAUAAAGACCUCAGGAAACACGCUGUGUUUUUUCUAUUUUUACUGCAUUUUAAUAUAGCCUAUAAAUAGUGAAUUUUAAUAUAACAAUAUGAAUGAUUAAUUGAAAGUCGAUCGUUAAUUCUCCCGACGAUUGAUUAAGAUAAUUUAAUCGAACGCCCAUCCCUAGUUCAUUUACGCUGAGUUUUAAAUAAUUCAUAAGCUUUUAAAGAAAUACGCUAAAAAUAUAAGUAGGCUUACUUGGGUUUGUGUCAUUUAAGGUAUACUGUAUCCCUUGGAAUUCUCAUUGUUAGUUUGAACACUACAUUUUGUCCCUUUUUCGCGUAUACACCGAGAUUUCACAAAAUGUUUGGUCAUGGAAAUUUGGUUCAAAGUUAUUGAAAAGUCAUGAAAAUCAAUUGGUAAAAAUGUGUAUGAACCCUGGUACAAUUUUCUCUGUGGACCAUGAAGGUGUCACAGGCUGGUUGUCAUGGUGACAGGUAAACAGAUCAAAGCAGUUUCCAGUGGACUGUUCGAUGCUCAGGUGGGUGAAUCGUACCGGUGGUAACCCGGGUCAGUGAGACCAGGUGUAACCCACGUUAACCCUUUGAUACACAAGCUAUCGGUCAGAAAUGACCGGUAUUCAUUUCCUGUGAUGUUUCCUCAUGGCUGGAUGUUUCUUGGCUUUGUUCUUUUAUAGCUUCUUCUUCCUUCUUCAAAGGAGCCGUCUUCAUGCAGCAGAGCUGGAUUCCAAGACCCCCCCCCCCCUACUCCAGCUUGAUCCUGUAGAACAAGGUCUAGGUCCUCAGCACCAGAGAUUUCAGACUCAUCUUCCUCAUCCUGUUCUUCAUCCAGCAUCUUUGUGACCAUGUCAAUCGUUCAACUGUCCAGGUCUCUGUUCUCUGGACAGAGUGACACGAGGACAGACUGUCUGUCUGCUGAGGACAGCAUCACACAGUGCAGCAGGGGGCAGCAGGUGGAUGAUGAUGAUGAUGUCAGCAGUCUUCCUCACACUGUGGUGGUCGACAGUCCGAGCUCUGACAUCAUCAAACGUCUGACGGAGAAAAGGCGGAAAAAACACGAAGUCGCUCUGAAGCAGCUGGAAACUGAGCUGACACAACUCAGUCAGGUGUGUGAUGCUCAGGUGAUGUCUGUCAGUCGGGAAAUCACGUCAUCUCUACAGGAAGUGAAGGUCAAACCGAAGACACCUGAAGGCCCCCCCACACCUCCCGUCUGCCUGCAGCAGCCAGAGGACGAGAUGAAAAGAAUCAUUGAGCUGAAACACAAAUUGACAGAAUGUGAGAGUCAGUGCAUCCAGCAGAUCAGAGCUGUGCUCAGGAAAUACUGCCACCUGCUGGAGAAGAUCAGCUUCCUGCUGCCACCUGACGUCCACAGACUGAUCCACAGCAUAGCCACGAUGGUGAACCAGUCGCUGCUGGUGAACCGUCGCAAGGUCGCCCGUCUGCUGCUGCUCUACUGACACCAGCAGAAACAUGAUGGAA